AUGUAUAUCUAUAAACAGACUAAAUACUAUUCACAUUUGAGAAAAUAAUUGAUGAGAAUUAUGUUUAAAUUGACCAAUCAACUAUCAAUAUUAAGUAUUUAUAUUCAUUUUGUUUUAGUUUUUUUGUUCUCUAUCCGUCAAAAUCAUCCAUUUUGUCGUUAUUUACUAAAACUGAAAAAUGUCAUUUGUAAAUAGAGAAUAAUAAUAAUUGCUUUGAAUUAACAGUUAUAUUAUGAUGUUAUUCUUUCUAAUAUCUGCUACCUAAACCUGGAGUGUUAUUCAUUAUUCAAAUAUUUUAAUCAUUCAAAUAAUGUUUGUAAGAAUAUCAAGGGAUUUCAUUUAAUAAUUUUUCAUUAAAUUUAGAUUACAACAUUUAUAUGGUUUAAUGUUAAACAUAACUAGAAACAAAAUCGUUGAAAACUUGAACAAUUCAAACUCUAUUAUUAUUAAAAGUAACUUUACAAUGUCAGAGUUGAAAUUUUGCUCAAAGUGUAAACAAUGCAUCAAAGAAAGUCAUUACUUAUUAGCUGAUUGUCAAUACUGGCAUGAAGAUUGUCUACGUUGUGUAUGCUGUGAUGCUAGAUUAGCUGAAUUAGAUAAAAUCUUCUACAUUAAAGCUAGGAUGUCAUUAUGUCGAAGAGAUUAUCUAAGAUUGUAUGGUAAAACGGGUGAAUGUUCCAUCUGUCAGAAACAAGUACAAUCAUAUGAAUUUGUUAUGAAGAUAAAAAAUAGUGUUUAUCAUUUAUCUUGUUUUUGUUGUCAAUAUUGUCAAAUGAGGUUCUGCAUUGGAGAUCGUUUCUAUCUACAUGAAAACAUUAUUUUGUGUGAACAUGAUUACAUGGAAUUAUUUCCACACAUUUCUACACGUGAUAUUGAUCUGCCUCAUCCAGAAAAAAGAAAUAUUAUUUGUUAUAAAGCUACUGCUAACUCGUGUUUUUGUUCAAAUGAAAUACUUUCAAGACAAAAUUGCACUGAUGUUGGAGAUGAUGAAGAUUAUGAUGAUGAAAAUAACCAAAAAUAUCAAAUGAAUCUCAACUAUUCACAAUGUAUUGCUUCAUAUAUUCAACUAUUUACAAAGUGUAAAACACGCAUUACUGCUGAACAAAGUUCUUGUGACAAUAAAUUACUUAGGAAUACAGAUAAUAGACUAUGUUCUUUAUUAAAUCCAUUUGAUUUAAACUUUCAUGAUUCCACAACAAUAUCAGAUGACCGUUCAAGUGGUUAUGGUUCACCCAGUUCACCGGGGAAUAGCUUCCAUGAUAAGAUUUGAAUUUCAAUGAGAGAUAUUCUAUUAGUAUUCAGUCUUCUAAUAGACCGAUAUGUUGACAGUUGUUGAACAUUUACUUGGGAUAUGUUUAAACAAAUCAAAAUUUUCAGAAAAUAAAUGGAAAUAUGGAAGCGUUUAUGAUUCUUUAGAUAUAACUAAUUAAACAAAAAAAGUAAAUGGACAUUAAAACAACUUCUUCUUAAACUACCAUAUUAGAGAACUAAAUGAUCUAAAGAAGAACAGAUCGUAUUAUCAAAUGCAUUGUACAUUAAGUACUAUAUAUCAUAAAUAAAUUAUUUAUCCCAACAUACUUUUAAUGUUUCCUAAAAUCAUAAUUUGUGUAAAAAUUAUUAUUAAAAAUCAAACCUUUCAA